AAUAAAUGGCGCGACUUAGUUCCAUACACAAAAUCAGAUUUGCACUAAUCGCUGAUUUUGACAGAUAGUGCACGCAAUAUUUUGUUGUUGGGUAACUGCCACUACCUGUAAAUGAAUAUAUCUUGGAUUUGUGGGCAGAGUUGCAUUUUUUGCAACGUGUCGCUCGAAAACAAAGCUCAACGCGCUCAUUCUGUUUCGGCGUUAAGACCUGCAUAUUUUUUUAUUUUUUAAGUCAAAUAUUCAACAUUUCUUUGUGUCAAACAUAAUCGUUUAAACUCCCCAAAAAUAUAACAAUUAAAAAAGAAACCCAAAAAAAUGCAACUUGUUCCCCCACAAUGGUCCAAAUCUGUAAUGGUUCGUCCACGUAAUAAUCUCAAAUCUCAUAUUUAUAUCGAUGAAAAAAUCAAAUUCAAAGCUUCAUUCGAAGAAGAUUGUCAGCCCACCUCUAUGGAUUGGCUCUUGGGUUGGCAGUAUGGCCACAUUUGGCUAAAGGAACGAAAUGAUUUCUGCAAGGCUCGUGCGGAGCGCAACAAACCGAAAUAUAUCGCAAAUGACUAUGGAAAAUGGUUGGAAAAGCGCAAACCCAAGGAGAUGUUGCUCUGCAAAGCGGAAGGCUUAAAGCAAUUGCUAAAGCCCAUGGCAAAGGAGAGUAAAAAAUCUGGAAAAAUUGGAGACAAUGUCAUAAAUUAAAGUUUUAGGAAUUAUUUUGGUUUUUCCACAUAUUCUUUGUUAUUAUUUUUAAUUAGCCAUUUAAAUUUGAUUAAAUGUAACUGCCAAAGCUUUGUCUUAAGCUUUCUUAACAA